AUGGCCCCAGCGCAGGAAAACCGCACCUUCAGCUCCGACUUUAUUAUCCUGGGCUUUGGGGACCUGGCUGAACUACGAAUCUUCUUUUUUGCGUUCUUUCUGAUCAUGCACCUUGUCACCCUCGUGGGCCACACCACCAUCGUGCUCAUCACCCUCUUUGACUCCUGCCUCCAGACCCCCAUGUAUUUCUUCCUGCGAAACCUGUCGGCCAUCGAAAUUUGCUAUACUUUGGUCAUCGUCCCCAACAUGCUGGCUAAUUUCCUGUCCAGGAGCCAGCGGAUGCCCUUCCUGGGCUGUGCCCUGCAAAUGCAUCUCUUCAUUGCCCUGGGCGGAGCGGAGUGUUUCCUGCUGCUGGCGAUGGCCUAUGACCGCUUCGUGGCCGUCUGCAAGCCCCUGCACUAUAGCCUCAUCGUCACCAGGGUGCUGUGUGUGCGGAUGCUGGCUCUGGCGGGCACCGGCGGCUUUGCCCUCUCCCUCACGCUCACCACCCUGAUAUUCCUCCUGCCCUUCUGCCAGUCCCAUGAGGUCAAUCACUUCUUCUGUGACAUCCCCGCCCUGCUCCUCCUGGCCUGCUCGGUCACGCGGGCCAAUGAGGUCGCCGUCUUCCUCGUCUGCGUGUUCAUCCUGCUGGUUCCCUUCUCGCUGAUCCUGCUUUCCUACGGACACAUCCUCGCUGCCGUCCUCAGAAUCCGUGCAGCCGAGGGCAGGAGCAAAGCCUUCUCCACCUGCACGGGCCACCUGCUCGUCUCUCUUCUGCACUACGGCUGCGCCAUAUUCAUCUACAUCCACCCCAAGGCAUGCUACGCCCCGGAACAGGACAAAAUCGUCUCCUUGAUCUACACCAACGUGACCCCCAUGCUCUACCCUGUGAUCUACAGCCUGAGGAACAAGGACGUCAAGGGUGCCCUCAAGAGACUGCUGGCGAGCCCCGGGCGCAGGAGCUGA